GCCAGGAAAUUGUAGGGAGUUGCAUUUUAUGAUAUAAUAAUUCUUACCCUUUAGAGAAAAGCGGCAAAACUUACACUACGUUAUGAAGCUGAUAUUUAAAUGGGGUUUGUAGCAAUGAACUUACGUGUCAGUAAUGAGAUCACGGGAGGUCCAUCCUUUGGGGCCCUCAUGGAUCCUAAAAAGGAAUUCACUUUCACUAUCGUGGUUGCAAAGAAAGCUGAGAGUACAAGAACCAGCACUGAUCCCAAGAAUGUUCCCUGCCGUCUUUGGAAAAGAAGGUCUUAGAGAAGAUAAAAAUGAAUCAGAGUCAGAGGGAAAACGAAGAGAUUUGGCUGAUUCAGAUAUCACCUCAGAGGAUGCAAGAACGAGGUUGUCACCAAAUAAUAACAAUGUCAGCGUGGAGGAUGAAACCAUUUCCUCCAGUCCAGAAAAUGGGAAACUGGAAGUUAGACCAGCCAUGGAAUUUGUAUUUCACUCUUUACAAGGAAAGAAAAGCUUUUACAAGGACAAGGAAGAAAUCAAGCAAAGGGAAAGUUAUCACAGUUCUGAUCACACACAGAACAGCGAACAGAGCCCAAAGUCAACAAAUCCUUAUCCUCGGGACAAAAGAAACCUAAAAUCUCUUGUUGUUGACUUAAAUGUAUUUGAGAAACUGGACCUCUUUGCUACAAAGGUGACCGCUGUGACAUUGGAGCAGUUAGUAAAAGAACUUACACGUGGUGCUAACACAGACUUAGAGAAGAUAAGAGCUCUCUGGAUAUGGAUAUGUCAUCAUAUAGAGUAUGACACAGCGGGGUUAAAGAAUAAAGACCUGGUAUCCUCUGCCCCAGAAGAUGUCUUUCGGACCAAGAAAGGUGUAUGUACAGGGUACAGCUCGCUCUUUGAGCAUAUGUGCAGACUUGUUGGCGUUGCAUGCCAAUCAGUUAGCGGCUACAGCAAGGGAGCAUCCUUCAAGCCUGGACAGGCAGUAUCUGGGGACCUGGACCACACUUGGAACAUGGUAUCUUUAGAAGGACAUUGGCACUUGUUGGAUUGCACAUGGGGAGCUGGUUAUGUUGAUGAGAACAUAAGCAAGUUCAUUUUCCAGUACAAUGAGUUCUAUUUCCUGACUCAUCCUUCUCUUUUUAUUGGUGAUCACUACCCUGAGAAAACAGAUUUUCAAUUACUGGAGCCAAAACUGUCCCAGAAGCAGUUUGAGCAAAGUGUUCACCGCAGGAGCCACUUCUACAGCUUAGGCUUGAUUUCCUCUCAGCCAGAAACAGCCAUUAUUGAAACAGAACAAGGGAAAGCGUCUGUCACUAUAGAAAGCCAGAACAACUUGUUAUUCCUCUUCAGCCUACAAGAUACAGAAGAUCCUGGUCUUCUAAGAGUCAUGGAUCAUGAAGCCAAAUUUGAUAUUUACCCACAAAAGACUGUACAGCAGAUUUUACACAUUUAUGCAAAGAAACAAGAUACAAAAGAGGCUUACCAGAUGGUCCUGGAUUACAGAAUAGAUUGCAAAGAUGUUGACAACAAGAUAAAGAUCCCUAAAUGUCUCAGUAACCCUGUUGGUCCUAGUUGGUUGUCGCAGAAAAUAGGGCUUUGUUCCCCUUCCCACAAAGAUCCAGUGAUCUAUGCAAAUAAUGGAUGCUGUACUAUUAGAUUUUCUAUGGAGAAGACACUAAAACUCACUGCCAGUCUCAAAUCAGAUGAAGGAAAAAACAUUUUUCAUCACAUCAUACAAACUGUACAGAACCAUAAAGUGGACUUUAGCAUUCAUCUCCCACAAUCUGGUCAUUAUGUUCUCCAAAUAUUUGAUUCUGUUGUGGGGUAUGUCUGCAACUAUCUCAUAAUAUGUUUAAACCCCAAGGUCAAAUGUCUACCAUUCCCAGCUUUACUAUGCAACCCAGUUGGCCCAAAUCCAGACACAGAAAAGGCUGGUCUUCUUCAACCUUCUCACAUGGAGCCAAUUAUUCGUACAGAAGAUGGAUCUUGUACUAUCAGUUUCAAACUCAACAAAUAUCUAAAACUAAGCAGCAGCUUGAAGUCUGACAAAAUGCAGACUAUCCUUCACCAUGUAAUACAAAGGGCAGAAAAGCAUAAAGUUGAAUUUAAUAUCCGUCUUCCCCAUUUUGGUUCUUAUGUUUUCCAGAUAUUUGACAGUAAUAAUGAAUAUAUCUGCAAUUAUCUAUUGCAUUGCUCAAAUCCUCCAGUCAAAUGGCCACCCUUUCCAAGUUUACUCCAUAGUCCAGUUGGUCCCAGCCCAGAGACAGAAAUGGUUGGACUGUUUCAGCCAUCACAUCCAGACCCAAUUGUCCACACAGAAGAUGGAUGUUUUACCCUAAGUUUUUCUACUAACCGAAUAUUAAACCUCACAGUUGGUCUGAAGUCUGAAGACAGGCAGAUGGCACGCAAUGCUAUGCAUGUUAUACAGAGCAUAAAAAGUCAUAAAUUAGAGUUUAGUGUUCGCCUCCCAGGUCCAGGUUCUUAUGUUCUACAGAUAUUUGAUGCCUCUUCCGGCUACAUUUGCAAUUAUUUAGUAUCAUGCUCAAAUCCUAAAGUAAAAUGGCCUCCUUUUCCUUCCAGCCUUCAUAAUCCUGUUGGACCAAAUCCAGACACAGAGAAAGCUGGUCUCACUCAGCCUUCACAUCCUGACCCUAUAAUUGAUUCAGAAGAUGGUUGCUUUACGGUCAGUUUCGCACUUAUGACAGACCUAAGUAUUUUUCCUACGUUACACUCUGAUGAAAUACAAAUGACUCCAGAGAUGACCCGAAGACAUGUCUUCCAGACUGUAACAGAAGGCAAUGUGCAAAUAAAGGUCCACCUUCCACAGUCAGGAAAAUAUGUGCUGCAUGUGAAUGUCAAACCUAAAAACAGUAACAUGUACAAGCACCAGUGUAACUACCUCAUUAUAUGUAAAAAUUCCACAGUGAAUUGGCCACCAUUUCCAUUAGCAUACACAGAUUGGGCUGAGCAAUUCGAUCUUGUUAAGCCCCUGGAAGGUGUUCUACCUCAGAAUAUUAAUGUUUCCUUCAAGCUUCGGAUUCCUGAUGUUACUGAAGUGAGUGUAAAGGGAAAGGAUUUCUUUCCGCUGAGCCUUGGUAAGGGCGGUUACUGGGAAGGGUCUUGUAGUACAGAGGAUUGCAGGUACAUGUAUGUCACUACUAGUUCUGAAGAUGAACCAAAAACUAGGAAGUUUGUUCUGCAAUAUCAAGUGGGAGAGAAGAGUAUACAGAGUGGAUGGAACAAAACGGCUUCAUUCAGAUGAACCCAUUUGCACUAUUUAUUAUUAUUUUAAUCCGACAGUGUUUUUUUACGAGAUGUUUUUCUAGAAAAGAUUUUCUUAAUGCAAUGAGACUAAUGUACUAUAAAAUGUAUUCUUAUAACUAUGAGCAAAAUACGUUGGUAAUAUACACGUUGAACAAGAUAUUGUAAAGUUUCAUGACCUAUUUAUUUUUUUAAUCAUGAUACACAAUAGAAGUAGAUUGCAGCACCAAGCCACAUCUGUUCAGUUGUAUAAAGGUAACCUAUAUCUGAUAACAACCUGUUGGAAGUUCACAAUAUGAGUUUUGCUGCUUAAAGAAACACUCUGUGCAAAACUCAUAUACGGUGUUAUAGGAAGAGCAGGACCUAAGUUGG